AUGUAUCUCAACUUUGACCAUACACCAAGUCACAACAGCUUACCAGUGAUUAGAACUUUUGACGAAGGCAAGAAAUUCGAAAUCAUGGCAAGCUUUUGGGGGUUGUUGAGCAAUAUCGCUUUACUCGCUUGCUUAGUUCCAAUCAUUUUGUAUCUUGAGCAUGGCCACAUUGCUUUCCCGGACUUCAACAACACCCUCCAUUUUCUCUUCCACAAAGUUCCGCUUAGAAUCUACCGGGCAUCGAGGUGGAUUGUUUUCGAUAUGCUGCAAAGAACAUGGUAUGUGCCUUGGUCGCUAUCCAAACUUGCGAUGAGCUGUAGGCUUGGCAUUUGUGGCUGGCGAUUGUACCUGAGAUACCUUUUCUACGAACUUCGCUUCUUGAUUCACACCUAUGUACACCUUGUUUCCACUUUAAUUCCCUUAAUUAUCAUUGCUGGAGCAGGGAUUGCGGUGUGGUCAUGGUGGAUCAAAGAUGCUGCCUUUUACGACAUGAGUUCUGUAGCUAGCUCGCUGAGCACGAAAGUGGUUCGAUUCGUUCCUGAGCGACUGGGUAUUAUUAACCGGAAAGAUGAUCUUGAAGAAAAGUAUGAUGUCAAUGAUUCUUAUGGCGAUCCGAAGGCACUCACCACUGGGAUACUACAAGAUCUCAGGCAUGUCGGCAUCAAAGGCGGGCGAAAAAGCGUCUUCACUUUAUUGAAGCUGGCAACUCAGAAAGGGAACCCAGUAGACGACAAACUCAUGACUAUGGAAAAAUUGAUUGCCCUUACAGCCUCUCUGUCACCAAGUUCAAAGUCCAGGAAGCGAUUGACCCACACGAUUGUUCGGACUCUUUGGGACAGCCUCGAACACCCACCACGAAGCUAUCUCGGUGAGAAGUUCCAAUACAGGAUGCCAGAUGGAAGUUACAACAACAUUCUUGUUCCUCAUCUUGGACAAGCUGGAACACCUUAUGCAAGGACUUCGAGGGCAACCAAGAGACUUCACGGAGUCCGACCAGAUCCUGGGCUUUUAUUUGACUUGCUCAUGAGCCGAGACGAUAAAACGUUCAAGGAAAAUCCUGCUGGUAUCUCCUCGGUUCUAUUUUACCAUGCUACAAUCAUUGUCCAUGAUAUCUUCCGGACCAAUAGAAGAGAUACCAAUAUCUCAGACACUUCAUCUUAUCUUGAUUUGGCUCCCCUUUAUGGCUCUUCGUUAGAAGACCAGUUGAAAGUCAGGACAAUGUCAUGUGGUCUCCUGAAGCCAGACACCUUUCAUGAGAAGCGUCUCCUGGCACAACCUCCCGGUAUCAACGUGAUGCUAAUCAUGUACAAUCGCUUUCACAACUACGUGGCUGAGAUUCUGCUGAAAAUUAACGAGAAUGGUCGCUUCAGCCUACCGCAUACCAGAGCCGAGGAAGAGAAGAAGAAAGCUCUCGCGAAACAGGACAAUGACAUAUUUCAAACCGCACGACUAAUUGUUGGAGGACUCUAUAUAAACAUUUGUCUCCACGAUUAUCUUCGUGGUCUGACCAAUACGCAUCACUCCAGCAGCUCUUGGACCCUGGACCCUCGGGUCGAGAUCACCAAACAAUAUGACGGAGAAGAUCUUGAGCGGGGCUGUGGCAACCAAGUGUCCGCAGAAUUCAACCUCCUUUAUCGAUUCCACUCUAUAAUCUCGAGGCGUGACGAGAAGUGGCUCGAAUCGUUCCUAGGCUCAAUUCUGCCUGACAAAACGAAACACAUCUCCGAGCUGUCUCCGUCAGAAUUCUUUCAAGCCUUUUUGAAGUACGAAGCGAGCAUUGACCCAGACCCUAGCAAGCGAGAAUUCGACGGACUCAAACGAGGUUCGGACGGCAAGUUCAGGGACGAGGACCUCGUGAAUAUCAUGACAAGUGCCAUGGAAGAUCCAGCAGGCUUAUUCGGGUCUAGAAUGGUACCAAAAGCACUCCGAGUUGUUGAGAUCUUAGGCAUUUUGCAAGCACGGAAAUGGGGUCUCGCUUCCCUCAAUGAAUUUCGCCACUUCUUCGGAUUGAAGAAGCAUGCAACAAUGGAAGAUAUCAAUCCCGACCCAGAGAUAUCUGCACUUCUGAGGAAUUUGUAUGAUCAUCCUGAUAUGGUGGAGCUGUACCCAGGACUCUUCGUGGAAGAUGCAAAACCCAGAAUGGAUCCUGGAUGCGGUGGAUGUCCUCCAUAUACAGUCGGUCGUGCUGUUUUCUCGGACGCUGUUGUCUUAGUUCGUUCCGACAGAUUCUACACCAUUGAUUACACGGCUGCCAAUCUCACAAACUGGGGCAUGCAGGAAGUUCAACAGAAUUACAAAGUCCUAGGUGGCUCCAUGUUCUACCGACUUUUGCAGCGAGCCUUUCCGGGAUGGUAUCCCUACAACAGUUUGCACAUCAUGCAGCCAAUGUUCACUUGGAAAAUGAACAGACAAAUCGCAGAAGAGAUAGGUACCAUCAAACAGUACUCUUUGACAGGGCCAAAAAAGCCUGCUGCCCCUAUCGUUCUCACCAAACACUCCGCUAUUACCCAGGUCCUGAAAGAUCAGACUUCGUUCAGGGUACCGUGGCUUCCUGCAUUGAAUGACCUCUUUCCUGGGAAGACGGAUUAUUCAUCUUUCAUGCUCAGUGGCGAUGGACCAGAAAACUUGACACAGCGAGCUUUGUUGCAGUCGAUUAUGUAUGGACCUGAUGAGUUUACAAAGCUGGUCAUGGAGUUCGUGACGGCCACCGCAAAAAGAAGCUUGGAGCUGGAGGGAUUCAAGAUGAAUGCAGAUAAUCUAUGUCAAAUUGACAUUAUCAGAGAUAUCGCAAUCCCAGCUUGCUCUCGUCUCAUCGGCGAUCUUUUCUACCUUGAUCUUCAGGGUCCACAAAAUCCCCACGGCGCUCUUUCGGCUAAGGAAUUGUACAAACAUCUCUUAAACGUUCGCGUCUGGGGUUUCAACAACAAUGAUUCUGGUCUUGCCUUCAUAAGACGGAUCUUAGCUCAAGAAGGGGCGACUAUCCUGACGAAGACUACCAAAGCGAGUGUUAAGAGAGCAGUCACUGGCGGGUUGUGCAAAACACUAACGACAGUGCUCAAAGGAGAUCGGAAGCACAUCAAGCUGGGCUCGCUUCGCUGGUAUGGUCAGCAUAUCGUCCGUCAGCUAUCUGCUAACGGGCUCUCAUGUGAUGAGGUUGCUGAGAUCAUGUGGUUAACCGGAGUGGCAGGAGUUGGGGUUCCAGUCAGCUUAUUUGCGGAAGUCCUACAAUUCUAUCUACAACCAGCGAAUGCAGAGCUCUGGGAUAAAAUCCAAGACUUGGUAGCUUCGAAUGGUCCAACAACGGAUUCAGUACUGAAGCAAUACGUACUCGAGGCUCAAAGACUGGUCAGUACACAGCGGAACCUGAGAAUUUGUGCAGCAGAUACGACCGUAGAGGGACGAAAAUUCUCCAAGGGUGAUACCGUCAUCUGUCUUUUGGGUCCCGCGUGCAAAGAUGCCGAUGCUGUUACUGAUCCCAAGACGUUCAAGCUUGGACGUCCUGCAACUGCUUACAUUCAUUUUGGUCAUGGAGUCCAUGAGUGUUUGGGUCGAGAAAUAGCCUUGACCUAUUGCGUUGCUCUACUCAAGGUCGUUGCCUCACUCAAGAACCUGCGUCCAGCACCUGGAGAAAUGGGGAUCCUCAAGAUCGUUACCAUUGGCACAGAGCGAUGCUAUCUGGAUGAUACCUGGACAAAUUUGACAUUUGAUCCAACGACAUGGAAGCUGCACUACGAAGGGUUCGGAAAAGGGACAUGGAGGCCAAAGCCUGGAGUUCAGAGCCAAACGGAGGAACCAAAGAAAGUCGAAGCUCCGAAAUCUAAGCCGCCCAACCCAAUCCCUGUUGACCCCGACGCUGAUGGGCAAUGGCACUGGAUUCCUUCAUCAAAAAGUGGAUCAGACAGCGGAUCUCCUCGAGCCAACCCACCACCUCCGCCAACAACAGUUAUCCAACCGCAACCUGUACAACCACCUCCUACGAGUCCGCAAUUUGAUCAGGUAAAUGGCACAUAUCAACUCGUCUAUCCCCAAGCAUCAACAGCUACACCAUCAGCUUCUACGACAAUUACUGCUCAUCCACCCCCAAAAGACAUGAGCGGCAUUGAUGACAUCUACUCUUGUGAAGUUGACUGGUUCUACGUCUCAGCCUCGUAUCGGGACCCAACUGCUUCCAUGCCAGAACACAUCAGACCACCUCCAAUGCCGACAUCAUCGAGCCAGACAUCACUCAGCCAAUCAUGGCAGACGAUCCAAAUUUCCGUGCCAGGUGAUCUCGCACACAUUGAUGAUGUGUUUCAAGUCGACUGCACUUGGUACUGGGGUCCAGAGUCAAGCCGCGAAGCUGAUAUUAAAAUGCCCGAUGAGUACAAACCACCGUCGCUGCCUGUACCAGUACAGGGAUCUGGAACGACAACUGGUGGAGUUUCAAGUGAAACAUCUGUUCCUUGGGACACUUCAAUGUCGUUGAGAGAAAGAAGACAAUCAAAUAGGAGUGGGAGCUCGAGUGAAGCGUGGCAGGACACCCCGGUAAUCGGGUUGAAGAGAAAGGAUAUGAAGUGA